GGGACUCCUGGACUUUGGGCUCUUGACUACAACUGUCAUGUGGCUUCAGUAUAUAUACAUGGAAGCGCCAGUCUGAUGCACUCGCAAACACGCUAAACUCUUGAGAGACACACGAGCCAAAAGCAGCAAAACGCGGUCAUGAAGGUGUUCGUUGUCCUCGCCCUAGCAGUGCUGUCUGGCUGUCAUGCCAACCUCUUCUAUGCUGAUGCACCCAAGCCACAGCUGGAAGUGCUGACCGAUGCUUUCUGGGACUACAUUGCCAAGGCCACCGAGACAGCUGAUGACACCAUCGAGAUGAUCAGGAAGUCUCAGUUUGGACAGGAAGUCAAUGCCCGCCUGGCAGACAGCACUGACAUUGCCAGCAAGUAUGCAGUCACCCUGCAGGAGCAGCUCCCCCCUGCAGCCCAGGACCUGAUGACGAAGAUCACCGCAGAGGCCGACGUGCUGAGAAAUGUGCUGACCCAGGAGCUGAGCACCGUCAGGGAAACGCUGGAGCCCUACACCGAGGACAUGAAGGCCCAGAUCCAGCUGAGAGUGGAUCAGCUCAAACAGGAGCUGGCCCCCUACGCAGAAUCCCUGGACUCGGAGGCCCUGAGGACCACCCUGAUGCAGAAGAGCGAGGAGCUGAAGACCAACUUGGAGCAGAGUGUGAAGGAUCUGCAGGCUCAGCUGGGGCCCUACACCGAUGACCUGAAGCUGAAGGUGGACCAGCACCUGCAAGACUUCCAGGACAGCGUGGGCCCCAUGACCGAGAAGGUCCAGGUCGAGCUGGCUCAGAGAGCCAAUCUGGUGAAACAGAUGGUGGCCCCUUAUGCUGAGGACGUGAGGGAAAAGCUGGACCCCUACGCCCAGGACCUCCAGGGCCAGCUCAUGUCUCUCUACCAAUCCUUUGUCAACAGCAACUAAGUCAACCUCCACAACUGCUCCAUCGUUUAUCAAGAUGCUGGCCUUGUUCGGUCUACCAUCUGUAAAAUUGUACUGUAAAACAAAUUAAACUAAUAUUUAUUGCUAGGUGCAAAAGCAAACCUCUGCACUCGUCAGAAAUGUAAAUACAAAGUUUUUAUUGUAUGUUGUGAAGUUGGAAACUGUAAUUUUGUAAUUUCUGUAAGUUAUUAAAAAUAAAUACAUGAAUCUGGAAAAUA